AUGGCAGAUAACGAAAAGUCACAGACCGAGUCUGCCGACCGCGCUGAGUAUGGGUCAUACACACCGAACGUCGCUCUCAUCGAGGCUGCCGCUGCCGCAAGUGAAAAAGAGGGCAAACUUGCUCGCAAAGAACUUUUCUCGCGCUACUGGCCAGCAGCGACAUACAGCAUGCUGCUAAGCUUGGCUCUCGUCAUGGAGGGUAUGGAUGUUGGGCUCAUCAAUAACUUUUUCGCCCAAAACGCCUACCUUAACAAAUUCGGUUGGCCCGACGCUAAUGGGGACCAACACAUUUCGGCUUCGUGGCAAGCGGCUAUCGGCAACGGUAACAACCUGGGCAGCAUCGUCGGUCUCUUGCUAAAUGGUUGGCUGCAGUCCCGU